AUGGCGACAAAAGCACCCUUUGUUCGGGUGUAUGACCCAACAACCGACUAUGAGAACGGUCUCCACGUGUUCCUGACAACCAUAGACCCAGGUCUUGACUGGGAGCCAGCGCGAACCGUAGGCGCACAUCUCUGGUACAAAGUCUACGCCGAUACAACUCCAGAGACAUGUUACGUACUAGAUGAUGGCAACGGGCGCGUGGUGGGUUACUGCAUUGGCGCGGCGGAUACAACGUCUUUCGCGCAGCGCUGGCGCGACGUGUUCACUCCGACCAUAGAUGCAAAGCUUGUACCACAUGCGAACAUCCAGACCGGGGAUCCACAGAUGGAAAGACCGGAUAUCAAGCACUUCCGAAAGGCCGUGUAUGAGGCGGACUGCAGUAUGCUGCAACCUUGGCCGCAGAUGUUGGAGCAAUAUCCGGCGCAUUUGCACAUCGACAUCUUGCCUGAGUACCAGAGGAAGGGUUGGGGGAAAGUGCUUAUACAUAACUUCUUGGGAACUGUUAAGAGUAUGGGUGCAACUGGGGCGCAUCUUGAUAUGGUGCAGUCGAAUACAAGCGCAAGAGCUUUUUACGAAAAGAUUGGAUUCCAGAUCUGCCCUCAAGUGCUGGAUGAUGGGGCUAGUGGUCAUACUGGUGUUAAUGGUAUUGUGGCUACACUAGUGAUGAGUUUCUGA